AUGCUAGACUUUGGAUAGCUGUGUAUCUUCAAUGGUGCUGAACGAAUAAGCUGUGUUUAUUGCAUCUCCUUGACAUUAUACAUUUAUUUGUUAUUUCAAAGCCUGUUAUCGCACUAAUUUUACCGUCCACAGUAUGUUGCAAGGAAUAGCAGCAGCUCUGGCCAUUUUGGCGUUAACUUACAUAGUCAUAAGUUACCUGUUCAAGCCAAAGGGCAUGCCACCUGGUCCUUUACCKCUGCCCAUUGUUGGCAACUUGCUCACGCUUUUAUCAUCUGGCAAUGAUGUAUUGAAAAGGACGCACGUCAUUCUGUCUAAACUGGCAAAGAAAUAUGGUGACGUAUUUAUCCUCGAGUUGCCUGGUUUACAGCGUGUAGUUGUCGUCAGUUCCAUAGUACAUGCUCGUGAAGCACUACUAGCCAAGAAAGAUGACUUUAAUGGAAGACCUAAAACCUUCGUUUUUGAUUACAUGACGUUGGGCUCCAAAGACAUCGCGAUUGGUGACUUUAAUGCAACUUUAGUUUUGCAGCGAAAGAUAGUUCAUUCUGCCAUUCGCAUGUACCAGCCUUUCCUUGAAGAGAAAAUUAUCUCAGAAGUGAACGAAAUGAUCCAACGCAUUUCCUCAGGAAAACCAACAAACCCCGAGGAAGAUGUGGUGUUUGUAACGACCAAUGUUAUCUUUCAAAUAGCAGUUGGCCAACGCUUUGAACAAAUUGAUGACGAAUUUAUGGAAAAAUUGAACCUCACCCGCAGAGUUGUCAAUUCAACAAGUCCUUUCAACAUCCUACGGGACCUUACGGAUGCCCUCAUUAAGGCUCGCCACGACGCUGACCAAGAAGACAGCAGAAACUACCGCCUCAUCGAUGAAGAACACAUCGUAAUGACUCUGAUGGAUGUCUUUGUAGCAGGAUUAGAAACUACAGCCACGGCUCUUCUAUGGUUCAUGCUGUACAUGGUGAAACACCCAGAAGUGCAAUCCAAAAUACACGAAGAGCUUGAUAGUGUUCUUGGUACAGACACCUUACCACUUUGGAAGCACAGAACACAACUUCCCUAUCUGGUAGCAACUAUUGAUGAAACUCUCCGAAAAGCUUCCAUUACACCUCUUCUUCUUCCUCACAAAGCUACAAAAGAUUCGACUCUAGCAGGCUUCAACAUACCAAAGGGUACAUAUUUGAUGUUUAAUGCAUGGGACAUGCAUCAAGAUAAACAAGAGUGGAUGGAUCCAGAUGAUUUCAAUCCAUCGAGGUUUAUCAACGACAAUGGAAAAGUUGACCAAAAUGCCGGUUCGAAGAGCUUUCUUCCCUUUGGCAUGGGGCGACGUGUGUGCGUCGGGGAAACUCUGGCAAAGCAAGAGUUGUUUGUUAUUACGUCGAGGCUGUUGCACGAGUUUACCUUGCAUAAGGCACCUGCUCCAAUACCGGAAAUCACCGGUGAUCUGACGGGUACUGUUCUCUACCCACCAGCUUAUGAAAUUUGCUUUAAAUCUCGACAGUAGUAUUAAACCAAAAUCAUCGGAUCCAUACAUUGGGAGAGGAGAUACUGAGAUUCUGCGCUGUUUGAGGUCUUUAGAAAUGAAGCGCUUCCAUUUGUUGGCUUUGCUUACGUUGUUUCACAAAAUGUAAGGCAAUAUAUACGAUGCAAGGAAAGCACGUUUGCUUAAAGAAUUUCAUUAUUGAGCAUGCUCARGAGUAGUAAGACUUCCAUCCAAUGACAUACUGGAGUUAGUAGAGCACAGGUAGACCAGAGUUAAAUAAACCAUAAUAACCACCUCAUUGUGAUCGAGAACUACCCAGAAUUCCAAGCAAACAACUUUUACACGUAUUUUGAAUAAGAGCAGAAAUGUAAGGAAGGUAAUUCACAAGUUUAUUGCAAACAACGUACCUWUAUAUGUCAAUAUAUGUAAAUUCGUGCUGGAAAUCUAAAUAUCACUCAAAACAUUUGUAUUAAAGAUAUARUAGGUUUGGAUUAUGAUUUAGGAAWGGUAGAAAAAACAAAAUUGCACAACAAUAGUCAGAAAAUAUUAUUAUYUGCAAAUGUUAUAUAUCCCAUGUUUAUAAAAGUCUCAAAAUUCUCAAAAKUCUCAGUCAUUGUAAGUUUAAUUUCAGUAAAGAUGUAGAAAAAAACGAGGGCCCUGUGCAGUGAUAAAUCGCAGCAGAACAG